AUAGGGAUCAUUUUGCAACCAAUCCCAAAAGUAAAGGAUGCUUUUGGGCCUUUUUACACAAAUCCAAGCGGACGGAACAAGAACAAGUAGGAAAAGUUGUUCUCCUCUGCUUUUCUUUAGAUCUUUUGGCCGAUCCAUAUUCUAUUUUUAGAAACUUUUCCAGCAAGAAAUGAUUGUUUUUACAAGUUCGAUCUUUUGCUCAGCCCCGACAUGGCCAAUGUGCAACCCAUCAAAGAUUAAGCAACAUUCUGUUACACCCAUCCUUAGGAGACCGACUUUAACAAGAUGCCAAGCCAAAAGAUGCUGUGAUUGUUAUGAUAUGGACAAAGAGCUAGUGCCAUAUGCCAAGGCGUGGUCCUGGCAAAAGGCCAUUGUCGACAAGAGGAAAGCACAAAUUGAAAGGGAUGAGGAUCUUGCUGACACACUCAUUAUAUUGCAGCAUCAGCCGGUUUAUACAUUGGGUACUGGUAGCUCUGAAGAGAAUCUACACUUUGACAUAAACAAUGCUCCUUUUGAAUUGUACCGAACAGAACGUGGUGGCGAAGUAACUUACCAUGGCCCUGGUCAGCUAGUUAUGUACCCUAUCAUCAAUCUCCGAUACCAUAAGAUGGACCUUCAUUGGUACCUCAGGAGCCUUGAGGAGGUGAUAAUACGAGUUCUUUCUUCAUCAUUUUCUCUGGAGGCUUCAAGGAUUGAUGGCUUAACUGGUGUUUGGGUUGGGGGGCAGAAAUUAGCUGCAAUUGGUAUUAGAGUAUCUCAAUGGGUCACGUAUCAUGGCUUAGCGCUGAAUGUCACCACAGAUCUGUCACCCUUUCAACAGAUAGUUCCAUGUGGGAUCCGUGAUCGUCAAGUUGGAAGCAUAAAAGGAUUGCUGAGGGAGCACUCGCACUCUAAUGGCUGUGGUACAGAAAACCAUCACGACAUUGAUGAUGCCCAACUUAUUGAUAUUACUCAGAGAUCUUUACUUGAGGAGUUUUGUGAAGUUUUUCAAGUUGAUCUCAAAUGUAAACCUAUACCCCUUUUAAUUUCCUGAGAAAAGCCUUCUCUGGGCUUGAUUAGGGAAAAGACUUAUUCUUGGAAGGUGAAUUCAACAGAUUAUUACAGAGAAUGAUUGGAUUUGUAGCAGUUUUCUUUUAAAAUGCAUGUCUCAUGGGUCCAAAAUUAUAACCUUACAUCUUUUCCAUUGACAAUUUAGGGGUCCUUUGGUUGAUGGUUAAAGUUAUUUAGGUAUUAGUAAUGAUAUGUAUGUAUUAGAAAUGCUGGGAUUAGUCUCAUGUUUUUUCAAGACUUGCAAGCUUUACUUUUGGGACCGGUGUCAUUUGUCUUUGUACUACUACUAUUAUCUACUUCCAGGUUCAAGUCCCUCUUCUAUUUCUCUCCAAUAUAAAAGGAUGGCUAGUUGAUUUUCUUA